AUGCAGAAUCAGGAGGGUGCCACGGCCCACGAGGAGCCCCAAGCAGACGCCGCCGAAGAGGCGAUGACGGCCAAGAAAGUCAUCUACUUGCACCGAGACCUCUUGGCUUUCCUCACCGACCUCCAGACGGCGGCCGACGCCAAGCAAUCGUUGCGACGGACCAAGUCCGAGGAAGUUAUCCGGCUGCGGCUGGAGCGGAUAGAAAACUCCAGGGUGUUCAGCAAGGAGAAACUAGAGGAAAUUAAGGAAGGGUGGCGUCAGACCGAGAAGAAAACCAACCUACCGGAUCUUCUGGAAGCUCUGAACAGGCAGGAGACCUUUUGUUCAGAACUGAUGGAAUACAAGAUGAAGCUCAUAGCGGAUCUGCAGAGAGAGUGGGAGGACGGAAGCGAGCGCCACUCCAUCGACCUCAGGAAGCAGACAGAAGCGCUGGACGUGAUGAUAGAUCGCAUGAACCAAGUGAGGCGCAUGACCAUGGACAACAAGGAGCUGGGCCAGAUCGAAAGCCCGCAUGACGUCUUUCUGACGCAGAGCCUGAGCGAGUGGGACAGCUACCAGAAGGAGCUGCGGGCCAAAGCUCAAGAGUGGCUGAAGGAGAGGAAGGCGGCCAUGGACGAGUACGAGAACGCCAUGCCCAAGCUGGAGCUGGCCCAGAACGAGUGCACCACGGCCAAGCGGGCCAUCGACAUGAAGCUGACCGAGCUGGAGAGGGAGCAGGAGGAGAUCAAGGGCAAGCGGGCCGUGCUGGACGCCAGGAAGCUCAGCUGCGACGAAAAACCUGAAGUCAUUUACCUCCUGAGGAAGCGCGUCAACACCCUGAAAGUGCAGCUGAGCGACAUCAUGAAGAUGAUCUCCACUGAGGAGGACACCUUCCAAAGGCGAGAGCAGCACCUGCUGGAGGACAUCAGGAGCAGCAUGGCGCAGCACAAGCGCAUCCAGAAGAAAAUCAAGCACUUCGCGCUCAGCGACGCGCAGACCUUCGUGGAGAUGUCGCAGAUGCUCGUUUCUGAGGUGAAGCUGCUGGCCGAGAGCGCCCUUGCCGCCGACUCACACCUUUGUACGCACCUGGGCUUAACGUGGGAGAGGCCCGAGGCCGUCAUGGAGCGCUGCUACCCCAUCCAGCCGCAGGACGAGUUCGAAAUGGCGGCGCAGGUGUACGCCGAGAGCGUCGCCGAGGUGGACGCCAAGACGAUGACGGCGCUGCUGGAGCUGCUGUGCAACGAGCUGAGCUUCCUCAUCGACACCAGCGACAACCUGAGUUUGCUGGAGACCGACCACCGGACAGCGGAGAAGAUGCUGGCCCUCCUCAACGCUUUCGACUUUUACGCUGACGACCUCAACAGGCUGGUGUCGUUCCUCCUCAAGUACGAGGAGCAGCACAAGGAGCGGGCGGACCAGGCCGAUGGAAUCGCGGCCAGCGUGACCUCUGAACUCAUCCAGCCCAACAACGUCCUUCCCGCUUUCCUGAGCUUUGUCAGCUACCGCGUGCACUGCAUAAGGAGCUCGGCGCUACGCCAUCGCUUGGACUGGGACGCAGACGCCGAUAAAGCCUUCUGGGAGGAUAUGGUCCGCGUCAUCCCGGAGGAAAAACUCAGACUGUGGGACGCGGCGGAAAUUGCCCUGACGCAGUACUUGGAAGUGCUUGAGAAAAACUCCAAAAUAUUGCAGAAAAACCUAACUUUGGAGGAGGAGAACAGGGCAUUGAGGAAGCAAUUGUCAUGCGAGAAUGACACAAGCGUUUUUUUGCUGAAAGAUUUCCUCAGGAGAGAAUCUUAA